UCUAAUCGCGAAGAUUAAUCUUGUUGAGUUUUUAGUUCAAAUUGAUGAUUUGAGGCUCAGUCGAGCCAAUAAUCCAUUCAUAUAACUUUUAUCUUGUGUUGUACUGUGUUAUUUUGAGAGUUUGGAGUGUAAAAAACACUUGGCGUAUUAAAAUAGGAUUUGGUUAAUACUUUUUCGCGAUGGAGAUGCAAAAUCUCUCGGCGAGGAAGCCGGUUUCCACUCGGCCAGCAUCCGUUACGUUUGCGCCGUCUGUGGAGGCAGAACAAGCUCGUAAAGCGGCGAAAAACAAACUUUUGCGGUCGAAAACCCUCUCAACUACCAAUCGUGACGGUAAAAUGAGAGCUAACGUUGAAAGAAGGUUAAGGCGUUAUGAAUCCGUCAUUGCCUUGGAAGAACUCGUAGAAUGCGGGAUUUGUCUAUCACGACUAGAAAACCCUAAAAUGUUGGCAUGUCAACACACAUUCUGCUAUGAUUGCUUGAAACAAAUGCAACAACAAACCGAUGAGGAUUACAUUGAGUGCCCCGUGUGCAAGCAAAAGUCUAUGGUUGUUAACGUUGAUGCUUUACCCAGUAAUAUUUACCUAAACAAUUUAAUUACUUUGCUAACGAAUGAAACAGAAGAAGUUUCGACUGAUACGCAAGCUCCAGUUGAGCAAGCGAAGCAAUUUAUAGCUAAAGGUGUUUCUGUCAGUUGCUCAAAGUGUACAACUGUAUGUGAGCAGCAGAAUAUUGUAAAAUGUCAACAUUGCAAGAUGGAUUUUUGUGGUGUAUGCUUCCCACAACACGCUGAUGAGCUGAUUGGACGUUAUCCUGAUUUCUUAAAGCAAUUAGACGAACAUGAGACGAGUUUGACAUUUGAACAAACCGAUUAUAAGCGUCAUUGUGAUCAUUUAGUGGAAGAAAUUAAACUAGGAGUGGGUCAAAAAAUAGAGGAGUUGAAAAACAUGGAAGACACCAUUUUGAAAGAGGUUGCAUUGUUGCACGAAUCCGGCGGUAUGGAAAUCAUGCACAUUUCUUCAAAUAUAUCUAAUUUACGGGAUACAAUUAAGAAACAAAACGAAACCAAAGCGCAUAAUAAGGUUAUAAAUUAUAUGGACUUCCAUCACCGAUUGGCCAAAAUCCUGGAAACAAUCUCUUCUUUGGCUGUCAACUACAAACAAUUCAAUAUGACUACAUUCAAACUGGAUACCCCUACAUUUCCAGUAACAACACCGACAGAUAAUUUCAUCUAUGAAGAACUACGUAGUUCACAAAUAACUUCUCCAGCGAUGCUUUUAAAUUAUUACAAAAACAAAGUCUUUACACCGAAGUCUGUUUAUCAGAAACUCCAGAAACCAACUGGUGUUUGCUGCUCACCAUGGAAUUGCAAUCAGGUAUAUGUAUGCAACAUGAAAACCAUCUAUGUCUAUGAUAUAGAUGCCGGUAAAGUAACAGCAAGAAUCCAAGACGAAAACAUGCAGUGUCCUCAAUCAAUCGCAUGCAAUAUUUCAUCAUCGGAAAUAUUUGUUUCCGAUAAAGUAAAGAACAUGAUCCACGUGUUUAAUAAAGAUGGUGUAUAUCAACGCCAUCUUGCACCUAAGGGUUUAUCUAAUCCUCAUGGCAUAGCAAUCAACAAAAAUGGCGAUUUAUUAGUAUGCGAUACCGGAAAUGAUCGUAUUUUGAUUGUUGAGUCAACCGCAGGGAAGAUUAGGAAUAUGAUUGGUAUUGUUGAUGGAAUAACUGAGUUAUCUAUGCCGACAGAUGUCGCUACAGAUGGGAAGAUUAUUGUUGUAGCGGAUGUAGGCAACCAUCGCAUAAAAAUCUUUGACGCUGAAACUUUAAAGAGGACGAAUGAGAUUGGAAAUCUUGGGAAACAAAAAGGGCAGUUUAGAUCUGCUGAGGUGGUGCAUGUUGAUGAGGGUGGAUUUAUUCUGGUGGGGGAUGCAGGGAACAGGAGGAUUCAGAUUUUUAAUCCGCAAGGGGAGUUUGUACAGUGCACUAGUUCCGAGUAUAAGUUUAAUUCUAUUUCAGGGAUUUGCACUAACAAUAAGGCAGAUGUUAUUGUUACUGAUUAUAAAAACAAAAGUGUGGUUAGGUUUUAAUACUUACAUUAUCCAAACAUAACCUAAUAUAUAUUAUUUAUGUAAAAUAUUAUGUUUUAGAGCUAUUUAUUUGCAUUUUGGUCAAAAAUAGUUGAAUUUUUGGUUUUAUCAGUAAUCUUUUCAAUGAUUAUAUUAUUACUGUAAGUUUCUCAGUAAGUACAAAAUAAAUUUGCAAAUAGAAUGCCAAAAAA